UUGAAGUUCACAAGUUCCUGGAACUUGGAACUGUUCUUGUUCAGCGGUCCUUGUCAGCCAAUCCCAUCUUCAGGUUUCACGUUAGGCGUGGAGAUCGCGCGGUGCUAAGUCCAAAGCCCCGGGGGCGGAGCUAUGAUUCAAAUAUCCCCGUCAAGAGUCUAGCCAGCAGGCUCCAUCGAACGCACCUAGGAACUAUUGACUGUUUCACGCUGGGGGCGAUAUUGAUUCCAAGCGCCUUGCACACAGGGUGGUCUGUUUUGUUGGGUGUGAUGUGUCUGGAAAAUUGGCAUCAUCCCUCGUUAAUAGUUUUGGCGUCGGUUUAUGGCGUAUUAAGUUAAAUAAGUCAAAGCGACUCGAGGACGCCCACCCUGCACUGCGCCUGAUCCCGCUCUUGUUCCUCUCCUUUCUUUAUCAGCGACAACACACUCCACCACAACCAAACCACCAUACCAUCAUUGCCACCAGCAAAACCUGGAACUCCGACUCUCUCCCUAUCUCCAACCGAUCCAACCGAUCCAACCGAUCCAUAGGACCACUACGGGCCCCCCUAGCCUUAAAACUCGCUAGUAUCCAACCCCAGGUCCUUCACGUGCAGGUACACUACAUCCAAUCUCUUUCAUCCCAGCAGACAGCGAGCCAGGUCAUCGGACUCUAGCAAGGAUAACAGGACCUUUGAGCUCUUUUGGCAACGACAGAAUACCGAUGACUGUCAGCGAGAAAUACUCUUCAACUACCAAAUAAGAAAAGUCGUGAUUAACUCUAUCCAAACCGCCUCCUCUCUUAAUUAAACCUUAUCCUCUACACUUCUUGACUGGUGAAACCUUAGUUGAGGGCUCACCGGAUCGGAUCACGACUUACCGACGGAACCUUAGGAUCCCGCGAUAUAUCAGAUUACGGUUUCUAAAUAUCUGGAGGUCGUGAAAGAAUCACAAGAAAUUUAUUCUCUACGAACAGUUAGGGGUUGAAGGGAGACAGAAGGUUCCCGGAAAUAGCAGGAGCCGCGGAACCUACUGGGAUCUCCCAGCGGUCAACCUCUCAACUACCGCCGUCUGAACUGGGAACUACUGCGAUGAAGUGAACCGGACAGUUAGCUCGGUCUCAACCUUGGAAGCUUGUUGUCUAAAAUAAGGUUAACUCGGUCUAAUAAGCUUACUUCAUAUCAACUACUUCAUAAAUCAUCCUUCCGCGCCGCCCUCGCUCAUUUUACCUUCUUCCUAUUCUUCUUAUUCGUCUAUUGUGAACGACCAUAUCGUACAGAGCACCCACACCCAACAUGCAUCCGCCUUUGCUGCCUGAACUUGUGUACAAAGCCAUCUUCCCAAAACCCCGUAUGAACGAACCCGCUACAUUUGCGGCCCUUAUCAGCAGACAUCUUGUUCCUGAGGUUCGCAUCGAGACGUCGACCUUCUAUGGCCCCAUUGACUGUGUUGAAGCCCAGUAUCCUGGGCUCGAUUAUUCCUUUCCCCCGCACCGAAUGAGGCUGGGUCGUUUCACAUGGCAUCAGAAAUUGUUCAAAGCCUUCGACGAACUAGGAUUGACGGAAGCUGAAAUCGCUUCGCUUUGUAGUUGGGAGGGUACAAAGUCUGCCAGGGAUCGUUACGAAGAGAAUAACUCUGUCCAGGUUAGGGAUACUACGGCAGACAGCAUUAGAGCAGCCACCCCGCCAAUACCACCGUCGGUCUAUAUACAUACCUAUGAAAAUGUUAACCUCCAAAAGUCGCAGCCUCUGGUUCUGGAGAGCGAAAACGGACUUCAGGAGUUGGAACUCAAAUCAGAGCUUCAGAGCGGGCAAGAAGAUGAGGACGAAUCUAGUGAUGACGAUGAUGAGAUGGAAAGUUGUGGGGUUAUGUUAAAUCAACGCCUAAUUCAAGCAGCGGAAGCACGACAACGAGGAGCGAAUGUUCCCCUUGAUGAGGACUGGGAGCAGUGGCUGAAGGAAGCCUCUGAACAGAAUGCAUAUAUAGGAAUGCUUCAUGCAAUUCGAUCUGGCCGGCCGCUGAACGUGUCCUUUAGCAACAUGCCUUUGCACCCGCCUUCGUCAUCGUCAACCACCACGCCUGGUGCUCGCAGCCAUAGGACCAGCUCGAGCAAUACCAGGCAGAGGCCCGUUUCGAUGUCAAAUAGACGUGCCGCUCCCGGAUCUGCGGUAAUGGGACCCACCAUCGGAUCCAGGUCCGCUGUUGGCUCGUCGUCAAAUUCCACCUCGGAAGCUGCGAGAUAGCUUCAAAUGAUAAGCCCUCAUAGCUGUUUACGAUACUAAUUAUCAUCCUAAUUCCUGCAGAAAUUAUCCUAUUGGACUCUCCUCCCAACACUGCCUUCUAAAUACUCACUGUUUGCUAGAGCUGGGCGCAUGGCUCAGUUCAUUUUCUUUACACUGUGUGAUGCAUUUUUCUGGUGCGUACUUUGCGUCGUUGGCGUAUGUCUCUUUAUUUCAUUGUCGGGAUGGCGUUAAUACUGGUGGAACAUAAUGGCGUGUCUGCGUCGUUUCUUCGAUCUCGCGUCUUUCUAGCAGGUGUUUCUGCAAAUAGAUUUCUUAUCGUUUUCUUCCAUUUUUUCGAGCUACUCAGCGAUGUUCAUGUCCUUUUUCUAGAUACGAUUCUUUUUUAUGAUGUUCCCCCCCUAGCCUUUCCUUAUCUUUCAGCUCUUUAUCCAGCUACGCAGUGCUUUGUUAAUUGAGCCGAUCAGCGGCUUCCCCCUGGUGUUCACUUGAGCGGAUGGAAUAGCGCAUUUGAAACGGCCAAUUGAUACUUUGUUAAUGAAGGGUUUGGGUUAUUUUAUUUUUCGUUCUCUUCCUGUGCAUCAUGCUUUUGUUCAAGAGAGCAUUCAUCCAUAUUUCUCUUACUCAGUUGUGGGCUAUUUAUUUAAUAAUAGUAUGAAACAGUUGUCACCUUCUGUUUAAAGAAUUACUAUAACUACUGAAUUUCUUUGGUUUUAACCAAAUGAAGUACUAUUACAUCUGAACUCCUUUUUAAAUAUAGU